GCGCUCAAGAUGGCGGAGCCCCCCUCGCCCUACAAGCCGGCGCCCCUCUUCCCGCGCCCGCCCCAGCUCGACCCCGCCGAGUACGACGCCUCGCCCGAGCAGCGCGCCGCCGAGGCCGAGCGCGUGGCCAUCCGCUCCCGCCUCAAGCGCCACUACCUGCUGGAGCUCAACGACCCCCGCAGGACCAGCAUCGAUGACCCCGCUGUGACUCGUUGGGUUUACGCCCGAAUGUACAACGCCUAUCCUAAUUUCCGUGUCACCCCAAAAACUUCACUACUGGGAGCUGCUUUUGGACUGGGGCCCAUUUUUUUCUGGUGGUAUGUCUUCAAAACGGACAGGGAUAGAAAAGAAAAGCUCAUACAGGAAGGCAAGUAUGAGCGACCGUUCCCUCUGUUCUAUUAAGUGUCCUGUACCUGUGGCUGAAGGGGCUUGGACUCCGUCUCUAACCUAUUUCAAAAUAAAUCUCAGUUAGAAACUG